CAUCUAUCCACUAAAAAUUAUUAUUCAAUGAUAGCAAUUGUUUUUUCAUGGACCCAAAAAAUUUUUUGUACAUUUUUUCUUUUCCUGUGAUUUGGCUUUCGCAAAAAGCUACGCAGUCACAAAGAUUGCAACUUUUGGAUCUUUCUCACUUUAAAAGUGGAUUUGCUGCUAAAAAAGAUAAAAAAAAAAAAUCGAAGUAACUUUAAUGUAUGCAACGUUUUUACUUAACUCAUCCUAGGAUUGUAUGCAACUUUAAUGUGAUUCUUUUUUUUUUUUUUUUAAUAAAAAUAAAAUUGCAUUUUCAUUCAGUGCAUUUGUUUUUGUGUUGAUGAUUAAGGUGACUUUCCAGAAGAACAAGAACCAGACAAGCACUUUUGUUAACUGUAAAAAAUUUUGAUUUUAUGGAUAAUUAUGUAAGAAACGACCACAGCACUUGUUUUAAUUGGCUGCAUUUCUUCUUCUUCUUUUUGUCUUCUUCAAGAUCUCUAGGCUCUCUGAUUAAUCAUCAUUGAAUUGAAGAAUCAUUGGAUGAAUCUGGACUAGAAAAACACCAUUUGCAGGGAACAAGAUGGGCGAGUCAGUUAAAUCUGGUGCUAGACUGGAAGUAUCGGUUUCAUUGGGUAGGUUUGAGAAUGAUUCACUUUCUUGGGAGAAAUGGUCAUCUUUUUCACCAAAUAAGUAUUUGGAGGAAGUUGAAAAUAUUUCAACACCAGGAUCAGUAGCUCAAAAAAGGGCCUAUUUUGAAGCACACUACAAAAAGAUAGCUGCUCGGAAAGCCAAACAAUUGGAGGAGGAAAAUCAAACGGAACCUAUUAGUCAAAGCCCUGGUGAGUCAAUCGGUGCGGAUCAUGUUGAAAACUCGACUGGUAUAGAUACCGAGUCGAGUAUAUGCAAUGGUGAGAAAUCUGGUGAAGUAGUUGAUUAUGCAAUUACUUUUGAUGAGGCAAGAGAUGAUGAUGCUGGAUCAAUGGAAGAAAUUGAGCCCGAAACCUAUACAACUGAUUUGACCACUUCUGAAGUGACAAAAGAGGAUGUAACUGUAGCUUUAGAGGGUGGAAACUCGGGAGUCCAGGAAGAUAAAGAGUUAAAUGUUAAUGCAGUUAAUAGUAGAGAGGAAUCUGUCUUGGUUAAGGAAGUGAUCCUUCAAAAGGAUUCUAAGGAUAGUGCAGAACAGCCACCAGAAAGGAAAGGCAGGGCAGAAAAAACCUGUGUAAUUAAAAUGGAAAAUCCCAAGUUGAAUGCACAGAAUCAAGCUCAAAAGGUUACUACAACUAAAAAGGGGAGAAAUUUGGCUAUGACAAAAAAUAUUGUACAAUCUGCAGCCAAGUCGCCACAAGUUUCUGCUCCUAGACUAUCAAAACCGACAUCCAUUUCCACGCCUAUAUCUGCCUCCCGUCCCUUGAAAAAGAAGGUCCAUGAGACGCCACUUCCAAAAAGCAGGAAUACUCUAGUGGGAGAAAGCAAGAGAGCAACUCCUACAUCCUUGCACAUGUCUCUCAGUUUGGGGCCAGCAAAUUCUUCUGCACCUUUUCCCACAACAAGAAAGUCUUUCAUAAUGGAGAAGAUGGGGGAUAAGGACAUUGUAAAGCAAGCAUUCAAGACAUUUCAGAACCAUCUCAAUGAAUUAAAGUCUCCAAGUAAUGCGAAAUUUAGUGCACCAAAGCAGGUGUCGUCCACCACAUCCGAGCAGAAGGUUUCCUCUUUUUUCACCCCCCGAAAGGAGAAUGAAGGACUGAGGAAGUCUGCGGAAAAGACACUUACUCAAAGGGCUCGAUCAGGAACUAGAUCGAUGUCUGAGUCCUCAGGGUUGAAUAAAGGUUCUGGUCUUGAUAAGAAAAAUGCAAUAACCGUCACACAUUCAUUUGGCUUGAGAAGUGAUGAAAGAGCUGAAAAGAGGAAAGAGUUCAUAAAGAAUUUGGAAGCAAAAUCAAUUGCCAGAAAGGCUGAUGAUGCGCAACUUAGUGCGAAAACAAAGGAGGAAAAGGCAGCUGAGAUAAGAAAACCGAAACAAAAUCUCAACUUCAAGGCCACACCUAUGCCAGCUUUUUAUCGGGGUCAAGGGAAAGGUCAUUCCAAAAAGGAAGCUGCAGACAGUAAGAUCCAUCCUCGACCCACAUCUAGUAGGUGAGAGAUUGCUUUUCCUUGUUCCACGAGGAAAAAUACGUUCUUCGUCAUAAUAUUGAUGGCACACAAUCUUGGAGUAUAUAUACCAGUGGGAAAGUUGCGCAUAUGAAAAGAACCAGCUUCUACACCAGCAGCAAGAUUGGCUAAUGAGAUGCAGGAUUUUGGCAGUAGCUGUAACAGAAAUUCAUAUUAAUCUUGUGGAGGAGAUGAAAGGAGUUGCAGAGUUGUUCAAAUAAUUUAGAACUUGUAUAUACAAAAGGUUCAUAUAUUUAUGUACGAGCGGACGGAUAGUUUUCCACCUUAUCGAAUGGAUAUUCUUUUGUGUUGUAUGUGUCGAAUAUUUCUAUUUAUUGUCUCGAAGACGAAGUUUUGUAAGUGGUACAAUGUAUAUCCUCCAUGUAUCAUGUACUAUUUCUACCUUGAUCAUAA